AUGUCUGGCUUACAGCGUCGUAAAGUGAAACAAGUCUCCAACGAGAGGGAUGAUUUCAGUCCAUCGUCAACUCUUGUUGCUGAAGAGAACAAGCCCCGUGUGGGCUACGAUCCAGAGGACAACGCAAUGACCAUCCAGGAGUCGAAAGAACCACCAUUGACCUUGAUGGAAGAGGUUCUUCUUAUGGGGAUUAAGGAUAAAGAAGGUUAUCUCUCCUUCUGGAACGAUAGCAUCUCAUAUGCUCUUCGUGGUUGUAUUCUCCUCGAAUUGGCAUUUAGGGGGAAAAUCCGUGUGGUUAACGACCCUGCAAGAAGACGGUUUGAACUAGGUGAACGUUUGAUCGAGGUUGUGGAUGAUAAGAAAACAGGUGAGACCUUGUUAGAUGAAGCUCUGAACCUCAUGAAGAACGAUCCAAAUAACUUGAGUAUUACAAACUGGAUCGAUUUACUUAGUGGGGAAACUUGGAACUUGAUGAAGAUUAACUACCAAUUGAAACAGGUACGUGAAAGAUUGGCAAAGGGUUUGGUCGAUAAGGGAAUCUUGAGAACUGAACGUAAGAACUUUUUGAUCUUUGACAUGCCAACACAUCCUUUGGCAGAUGCAACUUCCAAAAACGAUAUCGUGAAGAGAAUCUUGUCACUGUUAACCCAAAGAACUGUGCAAUUGCCAGCUUCGUCCAAAUUCCCUGAUUCUACAAGAUUUAAAUAUCUGCGUUCAAUCUCCCUCGUAUGUGCGUCUUAUGCUGCGAACGUCUUGGAAAACGUUUUGAUUUCAUUAGGUUAUGACCAAAGAGACCGUGCAUUUGCAAGAGCUGAUGAACUGUUGAGCCAAUUCUCACAGUUCCCAUUCGAACAAGUCUCUGGCUCGUUGAACUUGGGAAUCAACUUGACGGAAGAGGUUAACCAAGAAAUUGAGAACAAUCCAAACUCAGACUUACAACUAGAGGUUGUCGCUGGUGUCUUAUCCGUCUUCUCAAACAUGGACACACUCUUGUGA